UAUGUCAAAUACUUGAUAACUGGGAAUUGAUAUUGUUGUGUUUAACAACAUCAAUGAGAUCCGACGUAGAAUUGAAUUUAAUUAUAAUAUAAGAUUUUUUUUAACGAACUCGGAAUGAAUAUACAUGUAUGUUCAAAAAGUUUGGACUUAUUUACCGUUAUUGUGUUUAUUUGCUUUUCAUGCUGUUUCAAGAGUCAAGUAGCUAUCGACUCCGCGGAACAGGUUUUCGAGGCUUGUUACGGUAUCACAGUUGACGACUUCCUGGAACCUAGCUGUAACACCAGCGAAGUUCUUUACAUCCGGGACGUUUUUACUUUUGCAAAACCAAAAUCGCACGCAUGCCCACAAGAAUCAACAACACUUAAUCGUAAUGACUCUUUCUGUUGUCGCUAUAACAACCAAUCAACGGAUUGUGGAUGGCGUUACUAUGGUGAUUCCUACAAAGGAGUGCAUUACACGAACUGUGUAGGUCAGCUGACAUGUAAGGUCCAAGUGGCAUGGAACGGAACAGAACAAAAUUGUAACCAGAGUGUUUUCAUGACAAAAACAAACUAUAUGCGACAAUUUUACCACUGCAUCCAGAAGUCAUUGAUAUCAAAUAUUUGUACCUCGGCGAUAAGCAACGGAAAUCAAUUAUACGUUUGGAAUAACGGAUAUCCUGCUAAAAGUGGCGACUGCGCAACUUCCUCUGGCUGUGUUUGCUCUGUUUCCGCUUCUAAGAGUUCAACUAUUCGGAUAGAGCUUCUAGACUUACGUCUUCACAAGGACAUCAGUGGUACUUGUUACCAAAGACUUGUUAUUUCAGAGGGAGGAUCAGAGACCUCCAUUGACUGUGAUAAAAACAAUGGGUUUUCCCUGACAACUAUUUAUACCAGCCAAUCAGAUUCACUUAGUAUAAGAUACGAUAAUACAUAUGUUGGAAUCGAUGGAAACUUCUGGAUUUCACUGCAAGCGGUAGACAGUACCUCUGAACUGACAUUGACCUGUGGAAAUGCUUCCUCGGUGUAUUCCUGUGGAGAGUCUCUCCCCACAUCCACAACGACUUCAACAACAGAAUUUUCCUCAAAUAGUACUGUCAUCUUUACCGGAAGUACUAUGUCAUCUCCUAUAAAUAACACAGCAUCAGCUACGACGUCAAAAGUGUCAUCUUCUACAUCGUUAAACGUGUCAUCUGAUAUGAUUCAGCAAGUGGGUCAAUCGACAGAUGCUGAUUCUUCCGACAAAACUGCACUUAUCGCCGGGAUAGCUGCGGGGGCGCUUCUCUUCGCUGCACUUGUUACUUUGGCUGGAGCCCUACGGCACAGAUUCAAAAAGAACAAAGUCAGUAUCGACGACGAAUAUGAAGAACAUUUUGGAAACUUGAAAGACGCCAAAAACAUUGCACCCAUAGGAUACAAACAACUCAGUUAGCCACAAACUCUGAGAGAACCGAUGAAAUUUUGAAAUACCGUUUAAAAGUCCUUGUCUUUCCUUUUGAACAGAUCAGUAUUGAUUGACAAAUUAUUACCAUUGUGUGAUAGUGUUAUGCCAAACAAUUGAGUUUAUUAUGAAAUUUUUUAUCAUUGUGCAUUGUCAUACUACCUCUCUUCAAAACAACUGCAAGAUAUUGAAGUUCUAUACACGUG